AUGGCCCCAUCAGCAUCCUCCAAGAGGCACCCACUGUAUCACGGAAUCCGUUGUCGCGGAACCAAAUGGGUCUCCCGCAUAUGGCUCGGCACCUUCCCCACGCCAGAGAUGAGGGCGGCCGCCGCCUACGACGUGGCCUCCUUGGCCCUGAAAGGCGACGGUGCUGUCCUCAACCUCCCUCACUCCGUGGACAAGUAUCAAAUCCCCGCAACAAACUCUCCUGCGGACAUCCGCAGUGCCGCCUCCGCUGCAGCCGCAAUGAUAAAGGCUGAAACUGAAGCUAACCGCAAUCACAUUAAUUCAUCAGUAAGUGAAGCUAGCCAGUGCAGUGCAUCAACUUGUUCGUGGCUUCAAAGUGAUUUCGUGGACGAGGAAGCCAUUUUCAGCAUGCCCAGUUUGCUGGUGGGCAUGGCCGGGGGAAUGCUUCUGUCGCCGCCCAGAAUAUCAUUUACCUCUCAGGAGAACCAACGUGGAGAAACUUUGUGGAGUUACUUUUGA